UUGCCUUCGUAACUUGGACUCUCUCUAAAGUUCGAACAAAACAAACAAAAGCUAACCCUCUCUCUCUCCCUCCUCCACAAAAACCGUCACAAUCUUUCUCUCUGCAAAACCAAAACGCAGGAAACAAAACAAAACACAACACAAACGACUAACCAACAGCAAAACACUAUUCUCAAAACGACAACUCCCCACACCACAACGCAAUCACCGUCGCCACUGCUUCCUCUUCCCUCUUUCCCUGAAGCUCGAAAACUGAACCGUGAUGGCGAGCAACGGCACCAAUACGACGUCGUCUAGGUUUUCGUUUCUCAACCGCUCCCUGACGACGGUUAGCAAGGAAAAGCCGCCGCAAAAGCCGCCGCAGCUGGACCGUUCGCUCACGAAGUUCGUGGCAUCCGCGCGCGGCGGCGUCGUGAAGAGGCUAUGCAAUUUCUUCGAAUCGCCGAAGCCUUCGUCCUCGGAGUCUCCCAAACUCAGAGGCUCGAAAUCGAUCGAAAACUCCGAUUCUCCGACGAAACCGCUCGAUCCGGCGGCGAAAUCGGUGGAUUCCGCGUCGGUGAUUCGGCUGCCAGGCACGGAGGAUCGGAUCGUGUUGUAUUUCACGAGUCUGCGAGGGAUUCGGAGGACCUACGAGGAUUGCUACGCGGUUCGGAACAUAUUUCGGGGAUUUAGGGUUUGGGUGGACGAGCGCGACAUUUCGAUGGACGCGAAUUACCGGAAGGAGUUGAUGAGCGUGUUGGGGGAGAACAACAAGAGGAAGGGACACGUGGCGCUCCCUCAGGUGUUCAUAAGAGGGAGACACGUGGGCGGCGCUGACGUCAUCCGGUACAUGUUCGAGGUUGGGGAGUUGGCGAAGGUUCUGGAAGGCUUGCCGCGGACCAAGGGAGGGUUCGUGUGCGAGAGUUGCGGGGAUGUGAGGUUCGCCCCGUGUGGGAAUUGCAGUGGGAGUAGGAAGGUGUUUGAUGAGGAUGAAGGGGUGUUGAAGAGGUGUUUGGAGUGUAACGAGAAUGGCUUGAUUCGGUGUCCUAAUUGUUGCUCUUCUUGAAGUUUUCAAGGAGGAAAAAUAUAAUGAAAAUCCUUGGUGUGCAGUUGUUGUUUGCAUAAAACUUAUAUCUAGUUCUUUGGGUGUUCGCCGUGUUGUUGUCUAAUCUGAAUUGGAGUUUUACCUUCUGGCAUUGAGAUUGUUGGUGUAAACUCCAGGAUUUGGUGUUUUCAGUUAUAUGGUCAGAAUUGAAGAUUCAUGUGUGUCAUGAAGGUUUGUAUUGGAGAAGAUUAGUGUGGGUUGUCAAAGUGAAACUCUAAUUGUGAUCGGAGAAUGAUACUAAAAGCAUGUAGUAGGCACUUUUUUAGGUGUGGGGGUGUGUGUGGUUUGAAGAAGGUGGGGGUGUUUGGAUGGAGUGGGUUUGGUUAAGGUUAUGUGGUGAUUCAAAGCACUCUUUGAAUUUUUUUUAUGGGUGUUUUGUUUAUGUGUUAUGAGCUGAUGGUUUCUUUGUUCGGCUCCUACUUGAACUGCAUUUUGUUCAAGAGUGUGAUCAUACAUAAAAAAUAAAAAAUACCAGAUGGGUUUGAGUAAGAUGAUGGUUGUAGUUCAUUCACAGUACUGAGGAGUGUUUCUCCGCAAGGCAAUGUAAAUAUUCAGUGUUCUUAUCAAAUGGAUUUGCAAAUAUUGACCAUUAAGGUUUAUAUUGAGAGUUUGUGAAAUAUUUGAGUAUGAUUUAUGUGUU